CGGGAUGGCCCGUCACUAACUUCAUGAUGAUCGGGUCACCGGACCUGUUGGCCUUCACUGGUGCAGGGGGGUUUGGGGAGGGGGUCGACGACCAGGAGACACAGCCUCUGCCGGAGGAGCUCUCCAUCCCGCCUUUCCCCCCCUCAAACCCCUGGCACACCACGGCGAAGUUUCACCGAGACUUCAUACUGGUGGCCGAAUUCUCAGAGCAGGUGGGACCCAAGCCUGUGCUGACUAUACCAGAUGGCUCUGGUGUUAUUGGCUCUUUUGACCUCAAUCACUUCUCUGUCCGCAUCAUGUCAGUGGACUACCAGGCGUCCUGCCCCGGACCGGCCACUUCUGCGUCCCCUGGCCCCCGCCUCAACUUCAGUGAGGACUCCAAAGUUAUCCUGGGAGACUCAGCGGAUGACGCGUUUGCAUAUGUUCACCACAUGACCCUGUACGACCUGGAGGCUCGGGGCUUGGUGCGUCCGUUCUGCAUGGCCUACGUGACGUCAGACCAGGCUAAGCUGACAGAGCAUUUCUCUGAACUCUCCACAUGCUUCUCUCAGGCAGCCGACAGCCUGAAGACGGGUAACAGACGAGCGUUUGCUACAGAGCUGCAGAGAAAACUGCAAGAGCUUGAGUACACACACCUGGUCCUGCAGCGGGAGGCAGAGCUUCAGAGGACCGCCGUUGGGCUCACAGAGGUGGGAGAAAAAGACAGUGAGCUUGCAGCUGUAGAGCGCUCCAUCUUGGAGCACAGGGAUCUCCUCCGUCAGGUCACCUCUUACCCAAACAGGAAGCUCAAACAGCCUGACUUCUUGCCCUACGACCCAGCUGACAGCCUUUCUGAUUCAGCCGGUUUGCUGACCCCUGAGCUUAGUCCCUCCCCCUCUAGUUCCUCCUCCUGCAGGUCUACACGGGACCUCAAGCCGCUUGAAGAGCUCAGCGAUGCUUACUUCCUGUCCCUAACAAUGGAACAGCUGAGAGACACAGAAAGGCGUCUGUGUAGUGACAGGAGUGUCCUGCACACUGCUCGGGUCACGCAUUUUCUUUCCAGGAGGCUCACACUGACCAACUUCCUGUUUGAGCUCUGGAGUCCAGAGGAUGAUGUGGAGGAGGAAGAUGAGAGAGAGACAGCAGAGGCGGAGCUACAGGGGGAAAGAGGAGGUACAAGUGGUGUUGAGGCACUUCCUGCUGAGCAGCCAAGUCUCGAGUCUUUUUACUCCUGCGUGGAGGAGAUCCCUAUCAAACUUGAGGCAGGAGAAGUUGGGACAGUGACCCCUGACCCUGAGGUUGCCAUGGAGAUGACAGGGAGCAUGAGCAGUGGUGACAGCAUCGAAGUGCUUGGGACUGAGAAGUCUUAUCGAACACAGCAUGUUGUCACAGGAUCUGACAGCAGAGACCCUCCAGCUGGGAUGACUGACACCUCUAUAAGGCGCAUAGCAGCAGAGGCGGCAGUAAGGCGUGUACGAGCUUCUGCGAGGCGGGCAAACAGCGAGGACAGCAUUGAAGUCCUGAGUACCACUGAGUCGAUCUUUCCUGAUGACCUCACUGCCAUCACUGAGGAAGAAGCAGAGCCUCAGCUCGUGAACGACUUCCAGGAUGAGGGGGAGGAGGAAGAUCUGCUGACAAAGCACAGACAAGAAGGGGAUAUGCCAAUCCAAGAAGAGGAGUCACUGAAGGCAGCUACUAUGGGAAAUGAGCUGGACAGUGAAGUGCCUUUCCAGCAAGAGGAAGAUCCAGUUGAUGUAGCAGAGGCUUUAAAGCAAGAAACUAUUUUUAAUGAGGCCAAGAAAGAAGAGGCACCUGUUAUCGAGCUGGAGUCUUUGAGGGGAACUCAAGAGAAUACAGCCACCCCAUUGCAAGCUCAAGAGGAGACGGUGGAAUCUGCAGCCAGGUGGUCUGAUGUUCGGUACCGUGUUACGAAGCCACUGGUGUUGCCGGAUCUAAGCGUGAAUCUUGCUCCUGCAAUGUCCCUGGCCGAAGUGAGCCAAUGGUCUCCAUCUUGCACCCCCCUCAGAUCGCUGAGCAUAGAUGAAGCGUCUGACUGCACUGGCACCUCUCCCUGCUCCUCAGAACCCCCUUCUCUGACCUCUAGUCUCCAUGGCAACCCCCGCUUAGACAAGAGGAGGAGAAGGAGGGCCGGGCUCAGAGCCCUCAGGUUUCUGCAACAGAACUCAUUUUCCCAGCAUGCGGUGUUUUGUCUACUGAGUGGCCGACCACUGGUCGUCAUUGGAGGAGACAAGAAUUCGGUUAGGAAACUGGUGGACGCCCUGACCCUCUUCCUGCCUGCACCCGGUCCCAAUGGAAAUGCUGUGUUGCCAUGUUUGACCACGCCUCUUCAACUGAACGACCUGCUCACCUGGCGACUGAUAGGCGUACACAGGUCACCCUCCAGUAGUUUGUCCAGUGUGCUUCACUCUCUGGCUCGAUAUAGUCGCUAUUUGGCUGUGCUGGACCUGGACCAGAGGACGCUGCGCUGUCCAUCCUACUCAGGCUCCCUCGUUAGCAAAGUGGCCGAUCCUCACUCCAUCUGUAGGGGCAGCACCUACCUGCUGCACCUGGAGAGCGGCCUCACUGCGCUAACCAAUCAGGCUCUACUCUACACAUUUAAUCCUGCUUUCCACCAGCCAAACCUAUCCAGCAGCGAUGAUAUUGCACAAAGAAAGCAUUUCCUGUUUGAGCUGGGAUUCUGUAGCAGUGAGAAUGAUUUCAGAAUAAUAUAUUACCUGUCUGACCUCAUCAAACAGCGCCAUGCAGGAUGUGGCCCACCAGUUUUAAGUUUCUCUUAUAGCUCAGUGCACAAUCAUAGAAAUUCAUCCGCAACAUAAGAGUCCGCAGUACAGCAACUUCAAAUGCUCUAACACAGACCCAUCGAUGCAGAUAGUGCAUUCUUAUACCAAUCCACCUGCUAAUUUCCUGGGACUCGACACUUUUUACUGAUGAAGGAACUGUGUGUGAUGUGUAUCUGAAUGCUACUCUUGGUUCCUUUCAGAUUAAAUGUACUGUAUGUCUACAGAAAUGUCUUACCAAGAACACGUGAACACAUAUUGAGAUACAAAAAAGGGAAUUACUUUAAUGUAAAUAUUUAUCUGCAGUGUUUGUUUGUGGAUAUGCAUGAUUCUCAGCCUUUAAUGCUAUUGGAGGAUCCUUAAUCUCGAUUAUUUUGAAUAUUUCAGGAUACUAGUAAAAUAAGCCACCAGUGCCUCAAAACUGUGGAAGCUGACUUACUUCCAGGCAGCCGAUUAGUAUAUCUAUCAGAAACAAAUGAGUUGUUUUCAGGCUGUUAAUUAAUUUAUCCUUGAUAUUUAAUGGCAGCACGUGUACGGCUGAGGCAUUAGAUUGUUUCAGCUAGAAAACUGAGCACAUAUUUUAAAUGGAUUAUUGUUUCACAAGAAGCAAUAGUGUAAUUUUAGGAUACACUAUGCAAAAUUGUCACAGGUUGAAUUAAGUGAUUCAACCACCAAAUUUCGUGCUUAUUCCAUGUUUUUUGUCAGCUGAACCUAAGUGUCCCCACAUCCUGUUCAGCAGUUUUGCAUAGUGCACCUCUAAAUGGGCAAAGAAAUGUAUGUGAAGUUACUGUUCAGAAAGUUUAGUGUCACGGUUUGUUCAUAAGCAUGCAGUCUGUGGUAUCUCUUAAGAAACCCAUGACAAUGUGGAUUUCAAAGGUUUGACUUGUCUAAGAAGAAUCGAUAGCAGCUAGCUUAGUAGUACACUGGACACUUUGAAUAAUUUCAUUUACUGAUACAAAUAUGAGGGGAUUUUAUUGUGUGUAAUUCCUCUGAAAAUAAAAGGACUGUAUCCAACUAUUCUCAGUAGAUUAAUCUAAAAAAUGAAUGCAGGAGA